AAAUACUUUAACUGUCAUUCGUCAAGUCAAAUUUAUAAUUUUUAAUUUGGUAGAAUAUCAUUGCAGUUGUGUAACAAACUAAAACAUAUAAUGGGUUUAUUAAAAAAGACAACAGGUCUAACAGGAUUGGCAGUCGCCGCAAAUCCGCAUCACACUUUGGGCGCCCUAUAUGGUAAAAUCUUACGUACUCUCCAAAAAAUGCCAGAAACAUCAGUUUAUCGUAAAUAUACGGAACAAAUAGUACGUGAAAGAGCAGCGGUUUUAACUCAGACUAAAGACAGCUUUGAAAUCGAAAAGAAAAUCAACUGCGGUCAAGCUGAGGAAUUGAUAAUUCAAGCUGAAAAUGAAUUAAACCUAGCUAGGAAGAUGUUAAAUUGGAAGCCGUGGGAACCACUAAUGGCUAAGCCUCCUAAAGGUCAAUGGGAAUGGCCUCCAUCUAAAGCUUAAUUGUUAAUAUUAUUGUAGCAUAUGUAGUAAAUUAUAUCAUUUAAACUCAAUAAAGAAAAUUAUUAAAA